GGCGGGUCGAGCCCGUCCCCGGCCAAAAGGAGGGAAGGGGCGGCCUGUCUCGUCGGCCCGCUCGGCCUCCUCUCCGCCGGUGAAGCGGGGCCCGGCGCGAGCACCCUGCGGGAUGCCCAAGAAGUUCCAAGGGGAGAACACCAAGUCGGCCGCUGCCCGGGCGAGGAAGGCCGAGGCCAAGGCGGCGGCUGAUGCCAAGCGGCAGAAGGAGCUGGAGGAUGCCCUCUGGAAGGAGGAGGACAAGCACGUCCUGCGCAAGGAGCAGAGGAAGGAGGAGCGGGAGAAGCGCCGCCUGGAGCAGCUGGAGCGGAAGGAGGAGCUGCAGCGGCUGCUGGAGGAGGAGGACGCCAAGCUGAAGGGGAAGGCCCCCAAGGCCCCCGGGGCCCCCAAGGUCACCCGGGCCCAGAUCGACGAGGCUCUCCGGAAGGAGGGGAAGGAGGCCCCAGACGAUGCCGGCAGCGAGAAGCCGAAGAGCCACCUGGAGGUGCCCUUGGAGGAGAACCUGAACCGGUGGGUGCUGGACGAGGGCUCCGUGGAAGCCCGCACCAUCGAGGAGGCCAUCGCGGUGCUCAGCGUGGCUGAGGACCCCGACCGGCACCCGGAGCGGCGGAUGAAAGCGGCCUUCUCGGCCUUCGAAGAGGGGAGCCUGCCCCGCCUGAAGCAGGAGAACCCCAACAUGCGCCUCUCCCAGCUGAAGCAGCUGCUGAAGAAGGAGUGGAUGAAGUCCCCCGAGAACCCCCUCAACCAGCGGCACGCGGCCUACAACAGCCAGAAAUGAGGAGGCGGAGGGGGGGCGGCUCCCCCUCCUGCCCCGCCCCCCACUCGCUCUGG